UCGUGGACAGUGUCAAAGUAGCAGCCAGAAGAGGUUGUUGCUAUUUGCUAAGUUGAUAAUUAGUCAUAAAGAAAGAGUUUAGUAUUGCAAAAGGUGGACGGUGUACGCAAUCAUUCUAUCGUUUUAACCACACUCUCUUUUCCGUUAUGCAUACAAUUCAUUGCGCUUUCAGUUUCCAUGUGAUUCCCAUUCUUCCAUUAAUUUCCAUUUCCACCGACCAAACUUCGUAGUAAUUUUGAGUGCAGAUAGAAUAUGACUGUGACAAGUUCAUCUUCUGGGCAACCUCAAUUCAUUGCCAGCACCGGUAACCGGAGUUUGUCGAAUGCGCCGUUGAUUGAAAACUCAGAUACUGAUCAAAUUGUUGUACCUGAUAGUAAAAGCUGGAAAAACUUAUUUGCAUACGUGGGGCCUGGAUUUCUUGUUUCCAUUGCAUAUAUCGACCCAGGAAACUUUGAGACAGAUCUUCAAUCAGGGGCACAAUAUAAAUAUGAGUUACUUUGGAUCAUAUUGGUGGCCUCAUGCGCUGCUCUUCUAAUUCAAACAAUGGCUGCUAAUCUUGGAGUUGUCACAGGAAUGCACCUUGCAGAGCAUUGUAGAAAUGAAUAUUCUCGGGUGCCCAACUUUAUCCUUUGGGUUAUUGCUGAAAUUGCCGUAGUAGCCUGUGACAUCCCUGAAGUAAUUGGGACAGCCUUUGCAUUGAACAUGCUCUUCAACAUACCUGUUUGGAUAGGUGUUCUUCUGACAGGACUCAGUACAUUGAUCCUCUUAGCAUUACAACAAUAUGGGGUUAGGAAACUCGAAUUCUUCAUUGCAUUUCUAGUAUUUACAAUUGCUGCUUGCUUUAUGGUAGAGCUUGGAUACGCAAAACCGGUGGCCAAAGAAGUUGUGACGGGUCUUUUUGUUCCAAAACUUGAAGGACAUGGUGCCACUGGUCUUGCAAUUUCACUCCUUGGGGCAAUGGUUAUGCCGCACAAUCUCUUCCUCCACUCAGCAUUGGUGCUUUCCAGGAAAAUACCUCGAUCAGCUCGUGGAAUCAAAGAAGCUUGCAGAUUUUACAUGAUAGAAAGUGCCUUUGCUCUCGCGGUGGCCUUCCUCAUAAAUAUUUCUGUUAUUUCAGUAAGUGGUGCAGUUUGCAAUUCUUCAAACUUAAGUGCUGAAGAUCAGAAUAACUGUCAGGAUUUGGAUUUGAACAAAGCCUCCUUUUUAUUAAGAAAUGUCUUGGGCAAAUGGAAUUCAAAACUAUUUGCAAUUGCUUUACUUGCCUCUGGUCAAAGUUCUACUAUAACAGGAACAUAUGCAGGGCAAUACGUCAUGCAGGGAUUUCUUGAUUUUCGACUGAAGUCAUGGAUUCGGAAUCUACUAACUCGUUGUAUAGCCAUUGUUCCUAGUUUGAUUGUUGCACUCAUUGGUGGCUCUGCUGGAGCUGGGAAGCUCAUCAUAAUUGCAUCAAUGAUCUUAUCAUUUGAGCUUCCGUUUGCUUUGAUUCCGCUACUCAAGUUCACUAGCAGCAAAACCAAGAUGGGAGAACAUGUCAACUCAAUCACGAUUUCGGCUGUUACUUGGAUCAUUGGUUCCCUCAUCAUGGGCAUAAACAUAUACUAUUUAUUGACUAGCUUUGUCAAGUUGCUUCUUCAUGUCCACCUAAAAAUUGUUACUAAGGUGUUUCUCGGGAUUUUGGGAAUUUCUGGUGUGGCAAUAUAUAUGGGAGGCAUUGCAUAUCUAGUGUUUCGCAAAAAUAAAAAGGUUACACACAUUUUGGCAUUUAGUACACAAGAAGAUCAGCAUGUAGAAAAUGAACAAGGCAAUAUAUCAAUGUAUCAUCUCCCAAGAGAAGACAUAGUAAGCAUGCAAUUGCCUGAAAAAAGUAGUGCUGCAGAAAUUGAUUGAGAAAUAUCUUAGUAAGGUAGAUUAGCUAGAUAGAGUCCUAGUCAAGGAUACAAAUAAGAUCCCAUUUUAUGUUUGUUAAUUUAUAGAAAUUGAAUAUAUGUAAAAGUUAACAUUGCCUGGUGCAAAUUAAGUACCAAGCACAUCACCUUACAAAUAUGUAUAAAGUGACAGAAUCAGUGUGUGAAUACAGAAAAUAGGAUUGGGGUGGGAUCAAUUGUAAUGAGAUGGUGAAAACUAUGCAACUAUGAGGUGAUGUGUAUCUAUGUGUGGAUAACAUAAUUCUGUAGAAGAGAAGGAUCUCUUUGGACUAUUGAUGAGAAGUGCUUCUGGUGUCACUUGGCCAGAAUUGCUAAAGCUUUUGAUUUAUACA